AUGGGUUCCGAAAUGGAGGCAGCCCCUGUGCUGUCCACUCCCGACGAUCGAAUCCUCGAGGAAUCGACUCCGAUCGCCUCCGUCGAUGCCACGAAACGGCUUUCCGAUGACGAACUCUCCAUUACCUAUGACAUCGAGCGCACGCUGAAGGAGAUCCGCCAGGCGCGGUACAAGCGGAUUGCCCUUCAAUUCCCCGAUGACAUGCUCCCGGACGCCCCACGGGUCUUUCAAAUGCUCAGCCGUGGUCUUAACUCGGAGGAAGUCGUUCAUGCAAACGGCACUCGCCCUGCUGGUUCGGCCGAACAGACAAACGUUGGUUUUGGUGCCACCGAUGCGAACAGUAUAACCAAGGGAGUGUCUCAAAUGUCAGUGGAGAGUGAGGGUGAAAAGUGGUCCCCUCGAUUGUAUAUCCUCGCAGACACUUCCUAUGGCACAUGCUGCGUGGACGAAGUGGCUGCUGAACACGUGGAUGCGGACGUCGUGGUGCACUAUGGAAGGUCUUGCCUAUCGCCAACGGCCCGGCUGCCCGUGAUUUAUGUCUUCACCUGCAAGCCAUUGUCCACUAACCCGGUCGUGCAAGCAUUCAAAGAGAUCUACCCCGACCCAACAACCAAGGUCAUCCUGGCUGCUGAUGUCACUUACACACACCAUGUCCCUGCAUUGUACGAAUCCCUGGUGAAAGAAGGGUAUACCAACCUGUUUGCCACGGAGGUGGUCCACGAGCCUUCGUCGGCUAUUCCAAACCGUACGGUGCCUGAGUCAGUGGGCGCCGCGCCAGAGACCCUGUCAGACUGGCAACUGUUCCAUGUCUCCGACCCGCCGACCGCCCUCUUGAUGACGCUUGCCUCUCGAGUUGCCGGGAUCCAUAUAUAUCCUACAGACACUCCGGGCAACCGAAAACCCAAGCCGUUGCCCGCGUCCACUGCGGCGGCCUUGCGACGUCGCUAUGCGAUUACCACCCGCCUGACCACUGUUCCGAUCUGGGGAAUCUUGAUCAACACGCUGAGUGUGAAAAACUACCUGCAUAUCGUGGACCAUGUGAAAGAGCAGAUUGCGGCUGCCGGCAAGAAGAGCUACAUGUUUGUCGUGGGCAAACUCAACGCAGCCAAGGUUGCUAACUUCAGCGAGAUUGGCGGCUGGGUAGUCAUUGGCUGCUGGGAGAGCUCCUUGGUGGACAGCAAGGAUUUCUGGAAACCAGUCAUCACGCCGUUCGAAUUGGAACUGGCCUUGAAGGACGACGCCGAACGGGUGUGGACCGGCGCCUGGCAGAGUGAUUUCCAAGCCAUCCUCGACAAGCCACAAGAGUCGACGGAGGAGGGAGAGGAGAGCACCAAUGGUGCAACCAUGGACGACGAUGACAUGUCAGAACCCGAGAGCGCGCCGCCGGAGUUUGACCUGCGCACUGGACGAUACGUCUCGCAUUCCCGACCCAUGCGGGAGCCCGCGUCCCGCGCGUCUGCCCAGAUCGAUGGAUCUGGUCCCUCUGCUGCUCGCACCCUGGCCCGGCGGGCAAAGGGCGACCUUGCGAUGAUCGGUGGCGCCGUUUCACCAGGCGCCGAAUUCUUGCGGUCGCAGCGGACGUGGAAAGGGUUAGGUAGCGACUUUGAUAUUCGUUACGACGAGGAGGACGACCAGGAGGAUAGCACCUUGGUCAAGGAAGGGCGCAAGGGUAUUGCCAGGGGGUACACCGUGGGUGAAUCGAACGAGAAACAUUAG